UCGAUGGACGGGCGGGAGAAAGCUCAGAUGCUCUGAGAGGGUCUGGGUUUGUGUUUGUCGUUUUUUUCUCCCUAGCUCCUGGAAUAACCACCAGGGAUGUCUGGAAUUCAACCCGAGGGUGGUUCCCCUCCGUGCAGGAACUGGACGAGCGGGUCGGAACUAAACGAAACGCGGGAGGCUCUUUUAACCCCUUCCUCCGACUACGAUGAUGAGGAGUUCCUGCGAUACCUCUGGAAGGAGUAUUUGCACCCCAAGGAAUACGAAUGGGCGCUGAUCGCUGGCUACAUCGUCGUCUUCAUAGUGGCUCUCGUCGGUAACGUCCUAGUUUGCAUUGCAGUGUGGAAGAACCAUCACAUGCGGACAGUUACCAACUAUUUCAUAGUGAAUCUUUCUCUGGCUGACAUUCUGGUCACAAUUACUUGUCUUCCAGCAACUUUAGUUGUGGACAUCACAGAAACGUGGUUCUUUGGGCAGACCCUCUGCAAAGUGAUUCCCUACUUACAGACAGUUUCAGUCUCUGUGUCUGUACUAACACUCAGCUGCAUUGCUUUGGAUCGAUGGUAUGCAAUUUGUCACCCUUUGAUGUUUAAAAGCACAGCCAAGCGAGCAAGGAACAGCAUUAUAAUUAUCUGGAUUGUGUCCUGCAUCAUAAUGAUUCCUCAGGCUAUUGUUAUGGAGUGCAGCAGUGUGUUCCCAGGAUUAGCCAAUAAAACCACCUUGUUCACAGUGUGUGAUGAGCACUGGGGAGCUGAGGUUUACCCCAAAAUGUAUCACACGUGCUUUUUUCUGGUGACAUACAUGGCACCACUGUGUCUUAUGGUGUUGGCCUAUUUGCAGAUAUUUCGAAAGCUGUGGUGUCGCCAGAUCCCAGGAACUUCUUCUGUUGUUCAGAAAAAAUGGAAGCCUCUGCAGCCCUCAGCACAGCCCCGAGGGCUGGGACAAUCAACAAAGUCAAAGAUUAGUGCUGUGGCAGCUGAAAUAAAACAGAUUCAUGCAAGAAGGAAAACAGCACGUAUGCUAAUGGUUGUCCUCCUGGUUUUUGCGCUUUGUUAUCUACCAAUUAGCAUCCUCAAUGUCUUGAAAAGGGUUUUGGGGAUGUUUAAUCAUGCUGACGACAGAGAAACUGUGUAUGCGUGGUUCACAUUCUCACACUGGCUUGUAUAUGCAAACAGUGCAGCCAAUCCUAUUAUUUAUAACUUCCUCAGUGGGAAAUUUAGAGAAGAAUUUAAAGCAGCAUUUUCCUGUUGCAUCUUUGGCAGCCACCAUGACGAACGGUUCACCAGAGGUCAUGCCAGUACAGAGAGUCGGAAGUCCUUGACCACCCAGAUCAGCAAUUUUGAUAAUGUUUCAAAACUUGCAGAACACGUUGUAUUGACCAACAUAAAUACAAUCCCAUCAAAUGAUAUCCCAGCUGUGCUCAACCCAUCAAAAUCAAUGGAACUGCAUCUCCACAUACCAGGAAUGAACAUGACUUCAAACAUAGAUGAAGCCAUGACAGUUUCUGCAGAAGACACUCUCAACACAGAGAAUGUAGAGUGGGAUAAAUUCAUCCCUAGCAUAACGAAACUUACCUCGAUGGAGUUACAGCAAGGAUGACUUUGGCUCAAUACACUACAAACAACAGAGAGUGGCACAUGCUUUUAGGUGUGAUACAGACUACAAUAACUGGACAAAGGGAUUCCUUCAAAAUAACUGCCUAUUCUAUUUUUUCUCAGUCUUACAGAAACCUACUUACCUCAGUAUGAGCUAAAGAACACGUCUUUACAAGUCUUUUUAAAGAUUGUAUUGUAUCAUACUUUGUAAAUACUGUAGAUAUUUAUUUUUAUAUAUUUUAGAUGCUGUGGAACGUUCUAAAAUGUAUCAUAUAAAGAAAUCUAAAUAUUUGAAAAAAGUCUCAAACAUCAUUUAUUUAUAUCCUCUUUCUAUAAAUGAUUUCUAUAAAUUCUAUGUUCAUUAUGGAACUUUCACUUCAGAUUGAUUUUGCAAGAGUCCACGUUACUUUUCCAAGCACAGACAUGCUUCUGAAGUGUGAACCCAAAGUGCUGAAAGUCACAGAUGUUUUCAUAAAUUUACACUAAAAGUCUUUCUUUUUUUCUUCAGACUUGAGUGCCUAAAAAGUAACUAUCUAAAUAAAACUUAUGUGAUGCUCAAUGGUGCUAUAGGCUCAAAAUUCCUGCUCAGGCCAAUAGGAAUAAGAAGGGUCAGCACCCCUGAAGGACAGGACAUUUUAAAUUUUGUAGCUCAUUUUAGUCCAUAAUAUCUGCAAGUGUUGUUCCAGAAGAUCUCUGAAGAUCUUUAGA